GAAGCGGCUUUCGAUUUUGUGCUCAGGAAAAUAAGUCCUUCCUUUCGCCGCUAAGCUUGGAUUCGUAAACGUGGGCUUAUUGUAAGAACGAUAUUCUGAUCAAUUUACAGUUGCAAAUCUAACAGUAAAGCAAGCUACAGUGAAGAGCACACAAUGACUAAAGAGGAAAAUAAUGGCGCUGCAGAGGAACUGCAGAUACAAUCAAAGAAAGCCCUCAAGAAACAGCAGAAGGAAGCCGAGAAAGCUGCUAAAAAGGCAGACAAGCAAGCAAAGUUGGCAGCAGAACAGCAAACCACAAGUGAAGAGGAUUUUGCAAAAGAUCGAUAUGGCCAGCCGGCAAUGGUUCAGUCACAGCAAAAACCAGACAGGGUUUUAGUACGUAUUCAGGAUCUGACACCCGAAAAAGCUGACCAGCUUGUGUGGGUGCGCGCAAGGAUUCACACCAGCAGAGCUAAAGGAAAACAGUGUUUCUUAGUUCUGCGUCACCAGCAGUUCAAUGUGCAAGCCCUGGUAGCUGUGGGAGAUCGUGCAAGUAAACAGAUGGUGAAAUUCGCUGCCAAUAUUAACAAGGAAAGCAUUGUUGAUGUAGAGGGAGUGGUGAGGAAGGUUGAUCAGAAGAUUGAAAGUUGCACCCAGCAAGAUGUGGAGCUGCAUAUUGAAAAAAUAUUUGUGAUCAGCUUGGCUGAACCACGUCUGCCCCUGCAGCUAGAGGAUGCUGUCCGUCCUGAUGGCGCUGGUGAUGAAGAAGGAAGAGCUACUGUGAACCAAGACACUCGACUGGAUAACAGAGUUAUUGAUCUUAGGACGACGACGAGUCAGGCUGUGUUUCGGUUGCAAUCUGGAAUAUGCCACCUCUUCAGGGACACGCUCAUAAAAAAAGGAUUUGUGGAAAUCCAGACUCCAAAAAUAAUUUCUGCUGCUAGUGAAGGAGGUGCCAAUGUCUUCACUGUUUCUUACUUUAAGACAAGUGCCUACUUAGCUCAGUCUCCACAGCUCUACAAACAAAUGUGCAUCUGUGCUGACUUUGAAAAAGUGUUCUGCAUCGGGCCUGUUUUUCGUGCAGAGGAUUCAAACACACAUCGUCAUCUUACAGAAUUUGUAGGCUUGGACAUAGAGAUGGCUUUUAAUUAUCAUUAUCAUGAAGUUGUGGACCAGAUUGCAGACACUAUGGUGCAGAUUUUCAAGGGUCUCAGAGACAAUUUUACAACAGAGAUUGAAACAGUAAAUAAACAGUAUCCAAGUGAGCCAUUCAAGUUCUUGGAACCCACUUUGAGGCUUGAAUAUAAAGAAGGUGUUGCCAUGCUGAGGGAAGCUGGAAUAGAGAUGGGUGAUGAGGAAGACCUAAGCACACCUAAUGAAAAGCUACUGGGUCGCCUUGUGAAAGAAAAGUAUGAUACAGAUUUCUACAUUCUUGAUAAGUAUCCCCUGGCAGUGAGACCUUUUUACACUAUGCCAGAUCCCAGUAAUGCUAAAUAUUCUAAUUCAUAUGACAUGUUCAUGAGGGGAGAAGAAAUCCUGUCUGGAGCACAAAGAAUCCACGAUCCAGAUCUUUUAACAGAAAGGGCUAUUCAUCACAAUAUUGAUCUUGAGAAAAUUAAAGCAUACAUCGACUCCUUCCGAUAUGGAGCUCCUCCCCAUGCUGGUGGUGGAAUAGGUUUGGAGCGCGUGACAAUGCUGUAUCUUGGACUUCACAAUGUUCGCCAGACAUCCAUGUUCCCUCGUGAUCCAAAACGAUUGACUCCAUAGAGAAGUGCACUAGUUUGAUAUUUUACAGUAUUUAUACAGUAAAUACUUUUAACUACAGUGAAGCAAAUCAAGUGCAAAUAGACAAAUUCUUAAAGAAAAUCCUUAAAAUGUUAAUAUACAAUUCUACAGUGAACUAAUUUAGAUUGCAAAAGGAACCACAUAUGUGUUAAAUGUUUAUAAGGAUUAAAUAGUCUUUUUUAACACAUGUACUUUUUAUUUUUAUCCAUGUUUUCAAAAUACAAAAGCUGACUUUUUACACUUAGUAGGCAACCAAAAGCCUUUCAUCAGCAGAGCAUGGAAGUGAUUAAAAAUGACAUGAAUGUGUGAUUUACUGCAAUAAAAAUAAAUGCUGCUA